GCCAUCAUGAUUUCCCUCACGGAUACUCAGAAAAUUGGAAUGGGACUUACGGGUUUUGGAGUGUUUUUCCUUUUUUUUGGAAUGAUCCUAUUUUUUGACAAAGCACUUUUGGCUAUUGGAAACGUUUUAUUUGUGGCUGGCCUGGCUUUCGUGAUCGGUUUAGAAAGGACAUUCAGAUUCUUCUUCCAGAAGCACAAAAUGAAAGCCUCGGCCUUCUUUCUGGGAGGCGUGCUCAUCGUUCUUAUUGGUUGGCCCUUGAUAGGAAUGGUCCUUGAAAUUUAUGGUUUCUUCCUCUUAUUCCGGGGCUUUUUCCCUGUGGUGGUUGGUUUUAUUAGAAGAGUGCCAGUUCUCGGCUACCUCUUGAAUUUACCUGGUAUAAGUUCACUCGUAGAUAAAGUUGGAGAAAGCAACAACAUGGUAUAAUGACGAGAGUGCCGAAGACUGGUUCUAAAUUUAUAUUAUUUAUAAUGUCCUUUUUGAAGAAAAAAGAUCAGCACAAAGAUUCUGGUUGUGUACAAAGGCAAAGUUUGUAACGAAGUCUUGAUGCAAGUUUUUAAAUUUACA